AUGUCAGACACAGAAAUGGACGGCGGCGUCGGAUUGGGCGUCACAUCACCUACGCAGUCGCAACUCGCCGACGAAAUCAAUGGAGGCGCCAUGGACGUCAACUCGGUCGCAGACUCGACCGUCUCAAGCCGACUCCCUAUUACUGUUGACAAGCCCACGCCCUUUACUUUUGACCUGGGAAACUUGCUCGCAAACGACCCCAACCCCAUCCCCGCUGGCGCCGACGAAGAAGCGCUCAAAGCCACCGCCCGCGAUGCCGCCCAAGCACUCAUCAACCAACUCCUGUCUACCUGCCAGGUCAAGUCCACCUCAGAAGGCGUACAUCUGAUCCUUCCCGCGCCAACUACGCCUCUCCCUCGUGAGAAGCCUAUUCCCUCCGCCAAGGAGCCCACCAAAUGGGAAAAGUUUGCCGCCAAGAAGGGCAUUAAGAAGCAGAAGCGUGACAGCAACCUGGUCUACGACGAGACCAAGGGCGAGUGGGUUCCCAAGUGGGGCUACAAGGGCAAAAACAAGGACGGUGAGAAUGACUGGUUGGUCGAGGUUGACGAGAAGAAGGAGCGCGCGACAGGCGAGGCGCAUGACCAGAGGGCGGACAGCCGCCAAGAGAGGAAGGAGAGGAUUCGAAGGAAUUUGAGAAAGCAAAAAGCCAACGAGAUCAAGGCUCGUAAGACUGUUGUUUGA